AAGUCACUCGUCUCCAUUCAGGUUUAGAACAAUUUCAAGUUUCUUGAGAAGUGAGAACAGUGUGAGGUUUCACUUUUCAUUUCUUGGUUGCAUUUGAUUUGAUGGCUGAUAUUGUUCUCUCCAUUGUGGCUAAAGUUGCUGAAUAUUUGGUGGAGCCAGUAAUACAUGAAGGAAAGUAUUUUUUUUGUGUUAGUAGAGUAAUCAAAGAUCUGCAGAAUGAAAAGGAGGAGCUGAAAUCUGAAAGAGAUAGCUUGCAGGACCGUGUUGAACAGGCGAAAGAGAGAACUGAUCUAAUUGAAAAACCUGUGGAAGAGUGGCUGAAUAAUGUGAAAAAGCUACUAGAUGAGGUGGAAGAUUUGGAGCAGAGGAUGAGCACAACCGACAAUUGCUUUCAAGGGCGUUGUCCAACUUGGAAAAGGUAUUGUUUAUGCAAGAAAAUUGUAAAGAAGAUAGAGGCAAUGGGGAAAUUCAAAGGAAAAAGCAAUAUUCAUCCGUUUUCUCGCCGUUCUCCACUUCCAGGAAUUCAGUAUGAAUCAUCUGAAAAUUUUACUUAUUUUGAAUCUACAAAAGUGGCUUACAAUCAACUCUUGGAAGCAGUUCAAGAUGAUUGCAUCAAUAUGAUAGGGGUCUAUGGGAUGGGUGGAUCUGGGAAAACAACUCUUGUAACAGAAGUGGGUAAUAAGGCUGAGGAGUUGAAUUUGUUUGACAAGGUUAUAUCAAUUACAGUGUCUCAAACUCCAAACAUUAAAAACAUUCAAGGAAAAAUGGCAGAUAUGUUAAACUUGAAAUUGGAUGAAGAAACUGAAGACGGAAGAGCACAACGGAUAUGGCUGACUUUGAGAGAAAAGCGAGUUCUUAUAAUAGUAGAUGAUAUAUGGGGAGAGUUCAAAUUGAAGGAUGUAGGGAUUCGCUUAGACAAUGAGUGCAAGAGCAGAUGGAAGAUCCUUAUAACAACUCGUCGUCAAGAAAUAUGUGAUUUACUGGACUGUCAAAAGAGGAUUCAUCUAGGUCUCUUAUCUAAUGAUGAAUCUUGGACUUUGUUCCAAAAGCAUGCCAAUAUUGAUAAUGCCUUCUCUGAGUCAUUGAUGGAUGUGCCGCUAAGACUUUGUGAUGAAUGUAAAGGACUACCCAUUGCAAUUGUAAUUUUAGGAUCUUCCUUGAAAGGAAAAUCCAAAGAUGAGUGGGAGGUGGCACUACAAACCUUAAGGUACUCAGAAUCAAUUGAAGAUCACGAAGGUGUGAGAACUGCUCUAAGUUGUCUUAAAUUGAGUUAUGAUUACUUAAAAAACAAGGAUGCAGAGUUGCUCUUCUUGAUGUGUUCGUUUUUUCCAGAAGACUCUAAAAUCUCCAAAGAAUAUUUGAUUAGAUGUGGUGUUGGACUGGGUAGGGAAGGAGCAUUUUCGUUAGCCUCAAGAAGAAGUCGGAUCCAAGUAGGCAUAAACAAACUUCUAGAUUCUUGCUUGUUGAUGCCUGCUGAGGAAAGCAGACACAACUGGCAUGGAUAUAGUGAGGAAACAGUAAAGAUGCAUGACCUGGUUCGUGAUGCAGCCAUAUGGAUUGCCAAAAGAUUGAAUCACAAAAGUCUGGUAAAUCUUGACAAACCACUUAGCACCUUGGCAGAGGAUUAUAUUAUAAGAGAUUAUUUUGCCGUUUUCUCAUGGUGCGAGGAAAAUAAAAUUUCUUUUCAAUGGGAUGCUCCAAACCUUGAAAUUCUCUUGCUACAUAUUGAUAAUUUGCAUUCCUUGAAUUUAUCUUAUGCUACAUUUGAAGGAAUAAAAGGGCUCAAGGUUUUCUCUAUAAUUCGUCCUUAUCCUUUCUUUUCUAGUUCACAAUUACUAUCAUUGCCUCAAUCAACUCAGUUGUUGACCAAUCUUCGAACUCUGUGCUUGAAUGGAUGGCAGUUAGAUGACAUUUCUUUCAUAUCAAGUUUAACUGCACUUGAGGUUCUUGACUUGCAAAGUUGUCACAUCAAUGAACUUCCCAAUAAAAUGGAAAAUCUCAGUAGACUGAGGCUGCUAGAUUUGACAAAUUGUUUUAUUCUACAGAAAAACUAUAAUGGAGCAAUAGGGAAAUGUUCGCAACUAGAGGAAUUAUAUGCUUUAGGAUGCAAACCAGAAGAGUACCUUUCUCAGAGCCUUAUGGAUAUUGUUACAUUGCCAAAGCUGCAGAGGUUUGUAAUAAAUACUAUUAAGAAAAACAAUGAUCCAGAUGUGGAGGAACAUUUAAACAAUGCCGGUAAUAUUUGUCCGGAAGGGGUGAGAUUUCUAUCACUAGAUGUUUUUAAUAUCUCAAACUUGAAGACAUCAAAACAAAAUCUUCUGCAAAUUGCUGAGAUUGUUUGUUUGCAACACCUUCAUGGAGGAUGUAAAAAUGUCAUCCCAGACAUGAUUGGAGUUGUGGGAGCCAUGAAAAAUUUGAGUAGUCUCAGUCUUGAUGAUUGUGCAGAUAUAGAAUGCCUCUUUGAUACAACCACUGAUCCUGUUUGUGUAGACUCACAUGCUUUGAUUCCCAAGUUGGUCGGGCUAGAGCUAUUGAGAUUGGAAAACUUGAAAGAAGUGUGUCAAGGUCAACCUUUGCAAGUGCUACGCCUCUUUGAGAAAUUAGAAAAAAUCUAUAUAAAAGAUUGUUUCAAGCUGCAUAGCAUAUUUCCAUGGGAAUGUAAUUUACAGAACCUUAAGAUUCUUGACAUAGGCCACAAUUUCGCUUGUGAAGCACUCUUCUCAAUGUCUGUUGCUGAAAGUUUGCAUCAGCUGCAAGAGCUCUAUAUUCAUUGUUGUUAUGCAUUGAAACAUAUAAUUGCAAGUGGAAGAGAUCAUUGUUUAAGUACAAGCAAUGACAUAGCUUCAGCGCCAACAAGUUCUCAUUUUCGGAUGUUGAUGCCCAAUAUGAAAAGAUUAUACAUUUCUCAUUGUCCAAAGUUAGAGUCUAUAUUCCCAAUCUUUUUUAUUGGAGGACUUGCUCAACUGCAAGAGAUAGCAAUUGUUAAUGCUCCUAAGCUUAAAUAUAUAUUUGGUGAAUGUGAUCAAGGGAAUCAUUCAUCUCAUUGGUAUGAGGGCCAAAUCAUGCUCCCUCAUUUAGAAGUUCUUACUCUAGAAAAUCUUCAAAAUCUCAUUGGGAUAUGCCUUGAAAACUAUCAUGCAAAGUGGCCAUUCGAAACAACUGUGUCAAAUUGUCCAAAAUUGACUCCAUCAGAGACAACACCACCAGUUAAAAGUUGUCCUUUGUGAGGAUCAGCAAAAGAAGUUGGCCUCAAAAAUAAAAAACUCGACAUUAAGAGGUUUACCUCAAUUAAACCUUAUAUCAUGUGUGGGUCCUGCUCCCGGACAGAUUCUGAGUCUCCAAUGACUUCAAGAUUUAAACGUCAGUCGAUGCGAAAACUUGAAAUCUCUGUUCUCCAUGAUGGUACAUGCAAGCCUACCAGAGUUGCAAUUCCUUACUAUACAUGACUGCCAUAAAUUGGAGCAUAUCAUUGCAGAAAAUGAAGAACUUGAGCACCUAUCUAAUGCUGAAGUAUUCUUUGUAGAAUUAAAAACUGAUAGAGAAGAAAGAUUAUUUCUGUAUUUCUCACUAUUUUGUCAAAUAAUACAAUGAUCUAUUCAUAG